AUGAAAGAGAAUGUUGAUACUAUAAAUAAUCCUAAUAAAGAUUAUUAUACAUAUUAUCAAGUAGCAAGAGGUGGUUUAGAAUCAUUUGAAUUAUUCAUUAAUUGUGUCAAGCAAGAAAAGGCAUAUACUAUCAAUAAGUUUAAAAAUCUCAAAGUUACUGAUUCUUUGAGAUUCAAAGAAUCAGUAAUAAUUGAAGCUAUUAAUUCAAAAUUCAGAAAUCAUAGAAAACAUAAAAAUGAUAUUAAUCAUAUUGAAUCUCAAAAACAAGUUAAAAUAGAUCCUGAGGAACUCAAUGAACCUGAAUCUAUUACAUCAUCCCUAUCUUUACUUUAA